UUAGAUAACUUUGACAUUACUUGUCAGACAAACUCUACUCUAAGAAGGAUAAAGUUAUCAAUUCCCUCAAGUCUCUAUCAUAAAAGAGGACCAAACUUGUACUAAAAGAGGACCAAACUCUGAACUGUAAAAAGGACUGAAAUAACUGUAGGUUUAAUAUACUAAAAGAGUAAAAGUACCUACAUUUAUUAUAACAUUGAAGAUAAGGAACUAAUCAUGUCUAGUAACAAUGUCAUUAAAUGCUGGAAACUUCAAAAGUAUGCGCACCUUCAGCCUGUGGAACAACCCAAAGUGGCGUCAUCAAAUGAAGGAGAUCAGUGGAAACAUUAUGAUGGCCAUACAGGAACACUUACAAUAAGCAUUGCUGGGAAAUCUCAUUUAAUAGUGACAUACAAGGAAACAAUACUUGAGUGCCAUUCCUUAUUAGAUGCCAGAAACUGGAUGAGGGCCAUUGUAAAAGGAGACAGUGUACUCUUUGUUUAUAAAAUCAAAAAUGAUAGCGGUCGCUUCAGGAUAAAGUUUGAAUCUGGUAUAGAUCAAUGUCAGGAGUCUAUGCGUCAGUUGAACCAAUAUUUCCAUGUGAAAGGACUACCUGAGCAUGACACACCUAAUAUUCUUGAUGCAGAUGAGCCAAUUACAACUCAACCGAACGAGACUGCAAAACUAGGAGACCUAACAAAGUUGCUUCUUGAGAAGAAUACUGAGUGUUUGCCUAAUGCUUAUCAAUGGAGCAACCUACCAAGUAAUGCUGGUGACUUGGAUCAGAUAAUAAGGCUAUGUUUGGCUGAUCCUAGUUUCCCAGCUUUUGUGGGAAAAGUUGAAGAACAGUUGAAUAAGUUAAAGACAGAGUAAAUUAUCGAACAUUUUAAUGAAGUUUUGAAUUUUCACAAUGCUCACAAAACCCCAUAAAAAUAAUUGAGAAGUUAAAACUGUCAGACGUUCCAAAAAUGACAUUCUUGCAAAUUCACCUUUUAUAAUUGAAAUAUUUGUUAUCAUUAAUCAUUCUCAUUUUGAAAGUGUGAGUCCUACAUUAAAUGCUGUGGUAUGUAGUCGCAACACGGCCUUUCAAGAAAGAAUUUUAUGAAUCAGAGUUUCUAGUUAAUAGGAUCACUGGGUAUUCGGAUGUUUAUUUUAAAACCUGAAUUCUUCAUCCCUUGGAUUAUCAUUAGUAUUAAAAACACGCAUGGGCUUUUAAAAUGAGAGGAAUUUUAUCUACCCCUCUUCAGUUCAAAUAAAUGCCCAUGGACCUAUUAGUGAGUAACUCCAGUUCAGUUGUCACUACAUGGUUUGUCAAGAAAGCCCAUGAUAUCAAUUAUUUAUUUGAAUUUAAAAUAAUUAUUUUCCAAUUGAUUUGAAUACAAGGACAUAUUUUAAUGUUCAGUUAUAUCUCCAUGUUCUUUGAUUAUGAAACAGAAUGAGUGUUUAUUAUGGAGUGGAAGCUACAAAUGAUGAUUACUAGGGUAACUGUACUUGCACUGAAAAAUUGCUGCAAAAUCCAGCAUUUGGAAUUUACAGCUAGCCUUGAUAUGGGAGAAAACCAUGAAAAAUAUUCAAAGUUUUGGCCAAACUAGAAGAAUCCUAAGUAGACACUUUUUUUAAUGUACCUAAUGUUACAUGCUUAUUUACUGUACUUCUACUUAAUAAUAUAACAUGGUACUAAAAUUACAGUGAAAUCUGGCAGUGACUUAAUUUGGCGAACUUAAACAAUUUGGUGGAUUAAAAUUAAAACAACUGCCAAUUAAGUAGAAGUACAGUAUCUCUGAUUUCAUCUUAAACUCUUUCAAAGAAAAUAUUUUUUGGUGAAAUAACAAAAUUCAGUAAGUAGAAUCAAAUAACUGAUGUUAAGUUAUGAAAAUAAUGUUAUAAAGUUUAAAUUAGGCUAAUAAGGUUUG